AUGGCAUCCUCCUCUUCCUUCCUUCUCCUCGCUGUUCUUCUUCCCUUGGUCUCAUGGCAGGCCACUGCCUCCGAUCCUAGCCCCCUCCAGGACUUUUGUGUCGCCGACAUGAAUUCACCAGUACGUGUCAAUGGGUUUGUUUGCAAGAACCCAAUGGAGGUUAACGUUGAUGACUUCUUCAAGGCAGCCGCCCUCGACAAGCCUAGGGUGACCAACAAGGUUGGAUCCAACGUCACUUUGAUCAACGUCAUGCAGAUUGCUGGACUCAACACCCUCGGCAUCUCAAUUGCGCGCAUUGACUAUGCUCCCUUGGGUCAGAACCCACCACAUACGCACCCUCGCGCCACUGAGAUCCUCACGGUGCUCGAGGGGACACUGUAUGUUGGCUUUGUUACAUCCAACCAGCCCGCCCCAAACAGAAACAAGUUCCUCUCGAAGGUGCUCAACAAAG